AGAAGUAUCGAAGGACGAGUCCGAUCUUUUCUAAUUGCAGUAACGUGCGUGGCUUCCCCUGCUCAGAAGCAAAGAACCUCUCUCUCCUCAAGCGCGCGCACACACACACACACACACACACCGCCUUCGUUGUUUUCAACUACUCGAAUCAGCGCACCGCGCUUACUAGAUAGAUAUUUGCAACGCGAUUAGUGUUAUAGGGUUUAGAGUUCAUAUAUUUGAUGUGAUCACACCUGGCUGCUCCGACAUUGAAGCGGAGGGAAUUUGGGAAAAUUUGAAAAAUGUUGGAGGAUCAGGUGGCGUAUCUGUUGCAGAGGUAUUUGGGAAACUAUGUCCGAGGACUCAACAAAGAGGCACUCAAGAUCAGUGUCUGGCAAGGUGAUGUAGAACUGACCAACAUGGAACUGAAGCCAGAGGCACUCAACGCGUUAAAAUUACCAGUGAAGGUUAAGGCUGGGUUUCUUGGAUCAGUGAAGCUUAAGGUUCCAUGGAGCAGGCUUGGGCAAGACCCAGUUUUAGUUUAUCUAGAUCGCAUUUUUUUAUUAGCCGAGCCUUCAACCAUGGUUGAGGGAUCUAGUGAGGAUGCUGUCCAAGAAGUUAAGAAGAGUCGUAUACGAGAAUUGGAAAAGAAGCUGCUGGAGAGUCAACAACAGCUGAACAUGGAAAUGAAUAAAUCUUGGCUUGGAUCUUUAAUCAAUACGGUUAUUGGGAAUCUAAAGCUCUCCAUAUCAAAUAUUCACAUCAGAUAUGAAGAUCUUGAGAGUAACCCAGGGCAUCCAUUUGCAGCUGGCAUGACCUUAGAUAAACUCUCAGCGUUCACAGUGAAUGAUAAAGGGGAGGAAACUUUUAUAACUGGAGGUGCAUUGGAGAGAAUCCAGAAGACCGUAAAACUGGAAAGAAUGGCUGUUUAUUUGGAUGCUGAUAUCAGGCCAUGGUAUAUUGCAAAAUCAUGGGAGGAUUUGCUACCAUCCGAGUGGGAACAGAUUUUCAAAUUUGGGACUAAGGAUGGAAAACCUGCAGCGAGUGAUCAGGAAAAGCACUCUUAUGUUUUGCAACCAGUAAGUGGAAGUGCCAAGUAUUCAAAAGACCGCUCUGAUGCUUCCACUAAGAAAGAUCAAGCACUGCAGAAUGCUGAUGUGAAACUUGACGAUGUGACCCUUUGCUUGUCAAAGAAUGGGUACCGUGAUUUGUUGAAAUUGGCUGAUAAUUUCACAGCCUUCAAUCAGAGACUGAAAUAUGCUCAUUAUCGUCCACGUGUAUCUAUAAAAACUGAUCCAAGAUCAUGGUGGAAGUUCGCCUGCAAAGCAACUUCAGACCAAAUGAAGAAAGCCAGUGGAAAAUUGCCAUGGGAGCAAGUCCUGCGAUAUGCUAGAUUGCAUAAGAAAUACAUAUCGCUCUAUGCUGCAUUACUCAAAUCAGAUCUUGAACGCACUGUGAUUGAUGACAACAAAGAGAUAGAGGAACUUGAUAGGGAACUUGAUAUUGAAGUCAUUCUUCAGUGGAGGAUGUUAGCCCAUAAGUUUGUGGAGCAAUCAACUGAAUCAGAACUCUUUCUAAGAAAGCAAAGAGAAAAAAAAUCAUGGUGGUCAUUUGGAUGGACCAAUCAACCUGUUAAAGAUGAAAAUGAACCGGGGGCUCUCACUGGAGAAGAUUGGAAGAGAUUGAAUGAUAUUAUUGGAUACAGGGAAGCUGAUGAGGAACAACUAUUGAUCCAUGACAAGCGGAGACCAAAUAUGUUCUUGAAGCUUUUUAUGAAACAUAAUGCAUCAAAGCUGAUGGACUCUGAGGAGUGCCUUGCUGACUUAUCCUGUGAUAAUCUUGAGUCUUGCAUAAAGCUGUAUCCGGAGACGCAAGUUGUUGAUGUAAAAUUGGGAUCAUACAGAUUACUCUCCCCAAAUGGUCUUCUUGCUGAGAGUGAAAGUGAGUCAGAUUCACUGGUUGCUCUCUUUAGCUAUAAACCUCUUGAUGGAGAUCUCGACUGGAGUCUGGUUGCUAAAGCGUCACCGUGUUAUGUGACUUAUUUGAAGGACUCCAUCAAUCAAAUCAUUGAUUUUUUUCAAAGUAGUGCUACUGUGAGUCAGACUCUGGUCCAGGAAACUGCUUCUGCUGUGCAGUUGACCAUUGAUGAAGUGAAGCGCACAGCGACCAAGCAAAUGAACAGGGCAUUGAAAGACCGCAUCAGGUUUCACUUGGAUUUAGAUAUUGCAGCACCCAAGAUUACUGUUCCUACUGACUUCUAUCCUGAUAGUGUCCACCCCACAAAGCUCCUGAUUGAUCUGGGAAAGUUAGUGAUUCGUUCUCAGGAUGAUGCUGAAUAUGCUUCACCUGAAGAGAUGAACAUGUAUACACAAUUCAAUUUGGUCUUGAGAGAUGUAUCAGCUUUCCUUAUUGAUGGUGACUAUAGCUGGAGCCUAUCUAUGCCAAAUAGAACUGAUGUUUUAUCUAAGGGUAGCUUUAUCAGUUUCCUACCAGUUAUCGACAAGUGUGGAGUAUUUUUAAAGCUUCAGCAGAUUAGAUCACAAGUUGCAUCACUUCCAUCAACACGACUUGCUAUGAGACUUCCCUCCAUUGGGUUUCACUUUUCUCCAUCACGCUAUCAUCGUCUAGUGCAAGUGGCCAAGAUCUUUCAAGGGGAGGAUGCAGAUCAUUCAGCUCUAGUGCGUCCAUGGGACGAAGCUGAUUAUGUGGGCUGGCAUUAUCAUCUUGCGCGAAAGGGUGUUGGAGGUAGAGAAGCUGUUUGGCAGCGCAGAUAUUUUUGUAUAGUUGGGCCAUCUCUUUAUAUGCUAGAAACUCCUGAGUCAAGAAAUUAUGAACAAUACUUCAGCUUACGGGGAAAACAUUUAUAUCAAGUUCCUGCUGAGCUUCUUGGUAAUGUGGAACAUGUAUUGGCUGUUUGUGAUGCUGACCGCCCCUAUUCCAAGGUUUUAGAAGAUACAAGUGCUCUGAUUUUUCGUUUCGACUCUGAAAGCUCAAGGAAAAAUUGGCAAAGCAAUCUUCAAGGAGCUAUUUAUCGUGCUCCGGUUAGUGCUCCUAUUAGUGGUCUAAUUGAAACAUUGUCCGACUCAGAAGGCUCUGAGACCAGCGACCAAGAUUUAACAGAUUCAUCAGCAAUAGAGAAUUUCUUUUUAACUGGCUUACUUGAUGAGUUGAAGAUAAGUUUUAGUUACAGUGACCAGCACGAUCAAAGUUUGUUGAAGAUGCUUCUUGCUGAAGAGAAGCGUUUGUUUGAGAUACGAGCAAUUGGUGGACAAGUUGAACUGUCUGUGAGAGCAAGCGAUAUUUUCAUUGGCACAGUCCUUAAAGCUUUGGAAAUAGAGGACUCAUUUUGUUGGAAAGGGACAUCUCAGAUUUGCUACAUAGCAAGAUCAUUCAUCAGGAGCUCAGAUGCACCUUCCAUAUUAGAUAAUGUUAAUAUUCUAACUCAAUCAAGGAAUGAUCCUGGCCAAGUUGAGGGAGAUGAUGAGUUUUAUGAGGCAUCUGAGGAUCUUAACAGUUCAGUUGGUAGCCCGCUAUCAUCGGGAAAUGAUAGUUCAGGAAUAAUCACAGAUAACUUCGACUUGGAGGCCCCAUGUUUCAGCCGUGUUGCAGGGUUACUGCCUCUUGGAGUAACUUAUAUGGAAGCUGGUGACGUGGGAGCAAAUGAUUCACUGGACAGUUUUGUCAAAGCUCAGAUUGUUAUUUUUGACCAGAACUCACCCCUUUAUUCCAAUGUUGAUAAACAAGUUGCAGUCACUCUCUCCACACUGACGUUUUACUGUCGUAGACCCACUAUAUUAGCUAUUAUGGAUUUCGUAGAUGCCAUAAACACUUCAGCGGAGAGCUCCAAUGACUAUAGGGAUGUGUCUUCAACCUCUGCUGUUCCACAUUCUACGCAGAACGUAAUUUCAAAUGAUGAGCUGCCACUGUCUGCUCCAGCAGAAGAGCCUCUAGAAUCUUUGUUGGGGAAGGGGAAAUCCAGAGUGAUUUUCUAUUUACUACUGAAUAUGGCACGUGCUGAGAUUUUUCUAAUGAAGGAAAAUGACUCUAAACUUGCUACCUUGGCUCAAGAUAGUUUUCUUACUGAUAUCAAGGUGUUUCCUUCGUCUUUUAGUAUAAAAGCAUCCCUUGGGAAUCUGAGGAUAAGUGAUGAUAGUCUUCAGAGCAAUCAUAUGUAUUUUUGGGCCUGUGACAUGAGGAAUCCUGGUGGUAGCUCUUUUGUGGAGCUGGAAUUUUGUUCAUUUCAUACUGAUGAUGAAGAUUACGAGGGCUAUAACUAUAGCCUCCGUGGGCAGCUCUCUGAAGUCCGAAUUAUCUAUUUGAAUCGGUUUAUCCAAGAGGUUGUCAGUUACUUUAUGGGUCUUGUUCCUGCUGAUUCAAAGGAUGUUGUCUGGAUAAAAGAUCAAGUGGCGAAUUCAGAGAACUGGCUUACGGGAAGUGAAAUUGAAGGAUCACCUGCAGUUAAAUUGGAUCUUUCUCUUAACAAGCCCAUUAUUUUAAUGCCCAAGAGAACAAACAGCACUGACUAUUUGAAACUUGAUGUAGUUCAAAUCACUGUUCAGAACAAGUUUAGAUGGUUUUGUGGGAAUAGAAGCGACAUGAAAGCAGUGCAUGUGGACAUUCUUCAAAUUCUCGUUGAAGAUAUCAACUUAAAUGUUGGUUCCGGGUCUGUAUUAGGUGAAAGCAUAAUUCAAAAUGUUAAGGGUGUUUCUCUUGUCAUUCAGAGAACUCUCCGUGACUUGUUCCAUAGAGUUCCAAGUACAGAAGUCACGAUUACGAUUGAAGAAUUGAAAGCAGCUUUGUCCAGUAAAGAAUAUGAAAUUAUCAUCGAAUGUGCUCAAUCUAAUAUUUCAGAGACACCAAAUCUUGUGCCUUCACUUAAAAACGAAACUGCACCCCCUUUGAUUGAAGUGGGGGAAUCCAGCGCAACUCGAAGUUUAGAUCCUGCAAAAUCUAAAUCAGAGCCAAAGGAAUCAUGGAUUGCUACUAAGGUUUCUUUGCAUAUAGACAUGGUUGAACUUAGUCUUCAUUAUGGCAUUACAAGGGAUACAUCACUUGCUACACUCCAGAUACGUGGAGUAUGGCUUCUGUAUAAAUCUAAUACAGUUGGGGAAGGCUUUCUGUCAACCACACUUAAGGAUUUGAUUGUUGUUGAUGAUCGCGAAGGAACAGAAAAGGAGCUCAGGUUGGCUGUUGGGAAGCCUAAUGUUGGUGAAUACAAUCAUAGAGCCACUAUGCUCAAUAACAAAGAUCAUAAUGUUGUGGACAGCAAUUCUUUGGUGGAAGGUGCAAGAAAGUACACUCCAGCAAUUCUAAUUCUCGAUGCCAGAUUCUAUGAGAAGUCCACAUUUGUUUCUUUAUGCAUCCAGAGGCCUCAGUUGCUUGUUGCACUUGACUUUUUGCUUGACAUUGCUGAGUUUUUUGUCCCGACUGUUCGUGGGGAAAUGUUAUAUGAUGAUAAUGCAAACUUUUCACCUUCUGUGCAUGCACUCAUAAUUGACCAGCCAGUUUUUCAUCAACCCUCCCAUGAAUUCUCUAUUUCUCCGAAGAAGCCUUUGGUUGCUGAUGAUGAUAGAUUGGACCUUUUCAUAUAUGAUGGAGGAGGUGGGGUUUUGUAUUUGAAGGAUAGACAUGGAUUAAAUAUUUCAGGUCCGAGUAUAGAACCUUUAGUUUAUGUGGGGAAUGGAAAGAGACUACAAUUUCGGAAUGUUACAAUCAAGAUUGGAUCGUACUUAGAUUCAUGUGUUUUUCUUGGAGCAAACAGCAGCUAUUCAGCUAGUGAGGUGGAUAAUGUAUUUUUGGAUGGGGAAAAUGCAAGCCCUACUCAUCACUCUUCAGGUGGAAGCCAUGUUACUCCAGUAUCACAAAAUACUGUUUCUGCCCGACCCUCAGAAUUGGUUUUUGAAUUGCAGGCUAUUGGUCCUGAGCUCACCUUCUACAGUAAAUCAAGAAAUGCAGAGGAACAGAUCCUCUCUAACAAGCUUUUGCAUGCACAGGUGGACGCAUCCUGCAGGCUUAUUUCAAAAGGAAAUACAAUAGAAAUGAAUGCAGAAAUUCUUGGUUUAACCUUGGAGAGCAAUGGAGUGAAGAUUUUGGAACCUUUUGAUGCAUCUGUAAAAUUCACUAAUGCUUCUGGAAAAACAAACGUAAAGUUGGUGGUUUCAGACAUAUUCAUGAAUUUUUCAUUCAGCAUCUUGAGAUUGUUUUUGGCUGUUGAAGAGGAUAUCUUGUCAUUUUUAAGAACCACGUCAAAGAAAUCAACUGUUUUAUGUUCAGAAUUUGACAAAAUUGGAACCAUAAAAAGUCCUGCCAGUGAACAAGUUUAUACAUUGUGGAGACCUCAGGCUCCAUCUGGUUUUGCUGUGCUUGGCGACUAUUUGACUCCGGUUGACAAGCCACCAACUAAAGGUGUCGUUGCUGUUAAUACUAGCUUAAUACAUGUUAAGAGGCCAAAAUCUUUUAAGCUGAUUUGGCCUCCUUCACACGUCCUUCCGGAAGGCUCAGGUAUUACUGAAUUGACUGUUGAUGAAGGCUGCUCUAAGGGAGAAGCAGUGUGCUCAAUUUGGUUUCCUGAAGCCCCAAAAGGCUAUGUUGCAAUGGGUUGCGUGGCUUCUCCAGGAAGGGCACAGCCUCCUGUUUCUUCAGUCUUCUGUAUUUCGGAGUCUUUAGUUUCUCCUCGUGGAUUGAGAGAUUGCAUUGUUGUUGGGUCAUUCUCUGGGUGCCCAAACUUGGCAUUCUGGCGGGUUGAUAAUUCUAUUGGAACAUUUCUAUCUGCUGAUCCUGCCACUUUGAGUUUGACUAACAGAGCAUAUGAAUUACGUCAUUUUUACUUGGGCUAUCGGGAAAAUUCUCCUCAAGAGCUGAAAGGCUCUGAUCAAGCUUCUAGCUCUAGCUCUUUGGGUAACAAUACUAUUGAAUCAGAAAGGUCAUCAACUGUAAAUUCCAGGAGGAGGAUUGAAGCGGUUGCUUCCUUCCAGUUAAUAUGGUGGAACCAAGGUUCUGGAUCAAGAAAAAAGUUAUCUAUCUGGCGUCCUGUAGUUUCAGAAGGAAUUGUAUAUUUUGGUGAUAUUGCAGUUCAAGGGUAUGAACCACCUAAUACUUGCAUUGUUCUCCAAGAUUCAGAAGAUUAUGACCUGUAUAAAUCACCUUCUGAUUUUCAGCUUGUUGGACAAAUAAAAAAGCAAAGGAAAAUGGAUAAUAUAUCUUUCUGGAUGCCUCAGGCUCCACCUGGUUUUGUUACAUUAGGAUGUGUUGCUAGUAAAGGCAAACCCAAGCAGUCCGAUUUCACAUCAUUAAGAUGCAUUCGUGCUGAUAUGGUCUCAACAGAUCAGUUUUUGGAUGCAAGUAUGUGGGACACAUCUGACUCCAGGUAUAUCGAAGCACAAUUUAGCAUAUGGACAGUUGGAAAUGAAUUGGGAACCUUCAUUGUGAGGAGUGGAUUGAAAAAACCUCCUAAGAGGUUUGCUUUAAAACUCAGUGGUCCGGACAUACCAAGUGGUUCAGAUGAUACUUUGAUCGAUGCAGAAAUAAGAACUUUCUCUGCAGCACUAUUUGAUGACUAUGGUGGUGUGAUAGUCCCACUUUGUAAUAUUUCUAUGAGUGGCAUAGGAUUCACCUUGCAUGGGAGACCCGAUAGCCAGAAUUCGAGUGUUACAUUCUCUUUAGCUGCAAGGUCAUUCAAUGAUAAAUAUGAUUCAUGGGAGCCUCUUAUCGAACCAGUUGAUGGAUCACUGAGGUACCAAUAUAAUCCUAAUGCUCCUGGUGUGGCUUCAGAGUUACGAAUUACUUCAACAAGAGAUCUCAACCUGAAUGUGUCUGUUUCAAAUGCAAAUAUGAUUUUACAAGCCUAUGCAAGCUGGAACAAUCUUAGUCAUGGCCAAGAAUCAUGGGAGGAAGCAAGUUCUCCCUCUAGUGAAACCAGAUCAAUGACCGCUGUCCAUCAAAGAAAACAUCACUACAUUGUACCCCAGAAUAAGCUUGGAAAGGACAUUUUUAUCAGGGCCUCUGGAGUCCGGGGACUCCCUGACAUUAUUGAGAUGCCAGCCGGAGACAGGAAGGCCCUAAAACUGCCUGUUCCAAAGAACAUGCUGGACUCUCAUCUGAAAGGAGAUCUUCUUAAGAAGCUCCGACUCAUGGUAACCGUAAUUGUGGCUGAAGCUGAGCUCUUGAAGCUUGAGGGUCUGUUCUCACAUCAAUUCAGUGUUGCUGUCCAUGUUUUUAAAGAUCAGAGUCAACUUAGUCAAUCACACCUAAACCAACAAAGUGCACGAACUUGUGGAAUUGAGCCAAGAGGUUCUGAAUCUUCAGAGAUUAUAUUUGUGAAGUGGAAUGAAGUAUUCUUCUUCAAAACUGAUUCAGUGGACUGCUGCAUGCUGGAAUUUACUGUAACUGAGACUGGAAAAGAUGAAGCAGUUGGAUCAUGUUCCUGUUCUUUGAAAGAGUUGACUAGGGCUCAGGCCAACUCGAAUUCCAUUAAUGAUCUGAAUGAGUUCUGGCUAGAGCUGUCAUCUAGAGAAUCUUCGCUGGAAAGCAGAAGCAGAAAAGUUGGUAGAAUCAAAUGUGCUGCAUUCUUGCGACCUAGACUGGGAACUGAAAGUCCUAAACCAAUAAAUGGAUUCAGGAAAUCUGGUUCAAUUCAGAUUAGCACAUCCCCAGAGGGACCAUGGACGACAAUGAGGUUAAAUUAUGGUUCACCUGUUGCAUGUUGGAAACUAGGAAAUAAUCUGGUUGCAAGUGAAGUCCGUGUAUGUGAUGGAAACAGAUAUGUCAGCAUUAGAUCUCUGGUAUCAGUUCGUAAUAAUACCGAAUUUACUCUGGAUUUAUGCCUCAAGCUCAGGGCUACAAACGCAGAUGCAAAGUCAGAAAGUGAUGAGAGGAAGAUGCCUCAGUAUGACGGGAGUAAAUUGGCAACUGAGGAACUGUUUGAAUCUCAGAAUUACAGCACUACUAAUGGUUGGUUUGCAUGUUCCAACUUUGAGGAGGAACUGUCCAGGGUCGACUUGCCUUCAGGAUGGGAAUGGAUUGAUGAAUGGCAUGUUGAUAAUACAUCUGCCAACAAAGUUGAUGGAUGGGUAUAUGCUCCAGACUAUGAAAGUUUGAAGUGGCCAGUUUCAUACAGUUCGCCAGAAUAUGUGAAUCGCGCUAGGCAAAGGAGGUGGACAAGGAACAGGAGACACGUAGCUGAGGGUCUGAAGUCGCAAAUAAUGAUUGGGUCUCUAAAACCUGGUGAAACUAUUCCUAUUCCCUUACCUUGCCUUGAUCAGUCAGCCUCUUAUCUGUUGCAUCUGAAACCUGUAAUAAUAGAAGCUACUAACCAAUAUUCAUGGAGUUCUGCCAUGGACAUAUCUUCUCAGUCACAGGAUUUGGAGAGAUCAGGUGAAAUCCGAGAAGUUUGUGUCUCCAAUCUGACGGAGUCUGAAAAACUCUUGUGUUGCACUGAAAUAAGUGAAAGUUCAUCAAAUAGUUCGCAUGGUUUGUGGUUUUGCUUGAGCAUCCAAGCCACUGAAAUUGCAAAGGAUGCCCAGUUUAAUUCAAUACAGGAUUGGACUAUUGUUGUUAAACCUCCUGUAUCAAUUGCUAACUAUCUCCCACUUGCGGCUGAAAUUUCACUUCUUGAGAUGCAAGCAAGUGGUCAUUUUCUUUCCUGCUACAGAGGGGUGUCUGGUCCAGGGGAAAGUGUCAGGGUGUAUGAUGCUGACAUAAGAAAUCCAUUGUACUUCUCUUUGCUUCCCCAGAAAGGAUGGCUGCCAUUACAUGAGGCCGUUUUGGUAUCACAUCCUAACAGUUCACCAUCAAAGACAAUAAAUUUGAGAAGCUCUGUGUCUGGAAGGAUUGUUCAAAUCAUUAUUGAGCAGAAUAAUUCCAAUGAAGUUCCUUUGCAGCCAAAGAUUAUUAAAGUGUAUUCUCCAUAUUGGUUCGGAGUUGCAAGAUGCCCGGCACUUAGUUUCAGGCUUGUUGAUGUCAAUGCUAGAAAAAUGAAGAAGAAACCACUGUCUUUUCACACCAAAAAGAUCAAAGAGGUCAUUCUCGAGGAGAUUACUGAGGAGGAUAUACAUGAAGGGUAUACACUUGCAUCUGCAUUGAACUUCAAAUCUCUUGGCCUGUCUGCAUCUAUUGGUCACUCUGGAGAAGAGAAUUUUGGACCUGUUAAGGAUCUUUCUCCACUUGGGGACAUGGAUGGAUCCCUGGACAUUUUUGCUUAUAAUGCCAACGGGAAGUGUAUGCAACUCUUUGUAUCUACAAAACCUUCCCCGUACCAGUCUGCCCCAACAAAGGUAAUCUCCAUUCGACCGUUUAUGACGUUUACGAACAGAGUUGGUCAAAAUAUGUUCUUGAAGUUCAGCAGUGAAGAUGAACCUAAGACUUUGCGGGUGUCAGAUGCCAGAGUCUCCUUUGUACAUAAUAAAACACAAGGACCUCAUCUAAUUCAGGUACGAUUACACGAUACAGAUUGGACAUUUCCUAUUCAAAUAGUGAAGGAGGAUACUAUCACACUUGUCUUAAUGAAACAUGAUGGUACACGGAUAUUCAUACGAGCAGAAAUUCGAGGCUAUGAGGAGGGCUCUCGAUUUAUAAUCGUAUUCCGCCUUGGAUCAGCUAAUGGUCCUAUAAGGAUUGAGAACAGAACGAAAGGUAGUAUAAUAAGAUUUCGACAAACUGGAUUUGGUGAUGAUGCUUGGAUUAAGUUACAGCCACUGUCAACGGUAAACUUUUCUUGGGAGGAUCCCUAUGGCCAAAAAAAUAUUGACGCUGAGUUCUAUACCGGCAUUCAUACUGGGGUUUACAAAGUUGAUCUGGAUAAAGCUGGAGUGUCCUCUAUUGAUGACAACUGUGGUUUCUUUAUCCAUGUUGCAAAUGUUGGAGAUAUUAAAGUUGCUAGAUUUAUGAACAGACAUUAUACAAAUUCAAAUGAAAGAAGUGGAGCUCCAAUGCUGGGGGGGAAUUGGGGAAAUACUGAUAUACAUGCCAAGACAACAGAACAAGGAUCUCCACUUGAGAUUAUACUAGAGUUGGGUGUUGUUGGUGUCUCCGUCAUGGACCAUAGACCAAGAGAGCUUGCCUACUUGUACAUGGAGAAAUUUUUCAUAUCCUAUUCGACUGGCUAUGAUGGUGGAACAACAAGCAGGUUCAAGCUUAUACUUGGUUACAUGCAGUUAGACAAUCAGCUUCCUCUGACAGUGAUGCCAGUACUUCUUGCACCUGACCAGACUCCUGACGUGCAGCAUCCAGUGUUCAAAAUGACCAUUACUAUACGCAAUGAAAGCCUUGAUGGUCUCCAGAUCUACCCUUAUGUUUACAUACGGGUAAUUGAUAAAAUCUGGAGGCUUAAUAUCCAUGAGCCAAUUAUUUGGGCUUUUGUAGAUUUCUUCAAUAAUAUCCAACUAGAUCGUAUUCCACAAACUUCGGGUGUCACUCAAGUUGAUCCUGAAAUACGCGUUGACUUGAUCGACAUUUCUGAGGUAAGAUUGAAGAUUGCUUUGGAGACUGCACCAGCCCAAAGACCUCAUGGACUUCUUGGUGUGUGGGGUCCUGUUCUUUCAGCUGUUGGGAAUGCAUUUAAAAUUCAGGUUCAUCUGCGGAAAGUAACACACAAGGACAGAUUUCUUAGGAAGAGUUCUGUGGUUUCUGCAAUUGGGAACCGCUUAUGGAGAGAUCUGAUCCACAAUCCAUUGCAUUUAAUCUUCUCAGUAGAUGUACUUGGCAUGACAAGUUCCACUUUGGCUUCUCUAAGCAAAGGUUUUGCAGAGCUGUCAACUGAUGGGCAAUUUCUCCAACUUCGCUCGAAGCAGGUGUGGUCAAGAAGGAUUACUGGUGUUGGUGAUGGAUUUGUUCAAGGAACUGAAGCUCUUGCACAAGGUGUAGUUUUUGGGGUGUCAGGGGUUGUGAGGAAACCCGUAGAAAGUGCCAGACAAAAUGGUGUUCUUGGCCUUGCCCAUGGACUUGGACAAGCUUUCCUGGGAUUUAUUGUACAGCCAAUGAGUGGGGCACUUGAUUUUUUCUCUUUAACUGUCGAUGGAAUUGGUGCAAGUUGCUCCAGGUGUUUCGAGAUUAUAAACAACAAGACAAACUUCCAGAGAAUACGAAACCCACGGGCAUUUCACUCUGACAAUAUACUAAGAGAAUACUCUGAGAGGGAGGCACUUGGUCAGAUGAUACUUUACCUUGCUGAAGCAAGUCGGAAUUUGGGAUGUACCGAAAUAUUCAAAGAGCCAUCUAAAUUUGCAUGGUCAGAUUACUAUGAAGAUUACUUUGCGGUGCCCUAUCAACGGAUUGUUUUAGUGACAAAUAGGCGAGUGAUGCUUCUCCAGUGUAUGGCCCCUGAUGCGAUGGAUAAAAAGCCCUGCAAAAUAAUGUGGGAUGCGCCUUGGGAAGAAGUCAUGGCACUGGAAUUGGCCAAAGCUGGCUACCCUAGCCCUUCUCAUUUGAUUAUCCAUCUCAAAACCUUCAGGAAAGGUGAGAGCUUUGUUCGAGUGAUAAAGUGUAGCACUGAACAACUCUCAGAAGACAGAGAGCCACAAGCAGUUAGAAUCUGCUCAGUGGCGUGUAAGAUGUGGAUGGCACAUAAGAACAACGAAAAACAGGUUCCCUCAAGCCAAAGACAGGGAUAUUCUGGUAGGAGAGAAGUUGGUGCAAGAGAACAUCAUAAAAAGAAUAUAGCCAUCAUCAAAUCAUUACGACUUUCUUCUUUAGGUUCCACUUCCAGUGAACAGAAAUUUGUGGAACACAGUGUUAACUUUUCAAGGAUUUGGAGCAGCGAGCGAGAACCGAAAGGUCGAUGUACUUUCUGCCGAAAGCAGAGCAUGGGCAGUGACAAAAUUUGUAGUAUCUGGCGGCCAGUUUGUCCUGAUGGGUAUGUAUCGAUUGGUGAUAUAGCUCGUCCUGGCUGUCAUCCACCAAAUGUUGCAGCAGUAUAUAACAAUUGUGAUAAAUUGUUUGCCUCUCCAGUUGGUUAUGAUCUGGUAUGGAGAAACUGUAUUGACGACUACAAAAAUCCUGUAUCGAUUUGGCAUCCACGUGCUCCCGAGGGGUAUGUCUCUCUUGGAUGUGUUGCUGUGCCAUAUUUUGCAGAGCCAGAACUCGACUAUGUCUACUGCGUAGCUGAAUCUCUUUGUGAAGAGACGUCAUUGGAAGAACAGAAGAUAUGGUCAGCUCCCGACUCUUAUCCAUGGGGGUGUCAUAUUUACCAAUCGAACAGCGAAGCUCUUCAUUUUAUUGCAUUAAGGCAGCCUCGGGAAGAAACGGAGUGGAAGCCCAAGAGGGUUAUUGAUAACCCCCAACUACAUUCAUGUGCUGAUGUCUCAAACUGAAUAAGGCUUUCCUCUUACAUAAAAUCAAUUGGAGUUUUUAUUUCCUCAGAUUACAUAUUUUUCGUCUAAUCAUAGAUUUCGGAUGUGUAGAGCUGUGGUUUUCGGAAAAUUUUUGCUACAUUUUGAAUGCGAGAAAGAUGCUUGAGGAGAUCCAAAAGUUGUGAUUGUGAAUAUCCAGUUGGUUUAUUUUAUACGAAUUGCAUUUCACUCUGAAAAACCCCCCGGUUAAUUUUGAUGGUUGAGUUAAGCUUGUAGUAGUAUAUAUUAUUACUAGCGAUUUUUACCUCGAGCUACCAAAAUUACAUUCAUAUGUAAAGAUAUUGAUUUCUCAAUAAUUAAUUUUCUAAAGUGCAGCUUA